AUGGCAACACCAAGCCCCGCCCCGUCCAGGGCCGCAAUACACGCUCUCCGUGGCGUUCUCCUAACCACGUCCUGUUCGGUUAUUAUCCUCGCCGAAGAACGUCGUCGACGCCUGAAUAUUGCCCGAGCUGCUCUCGAAAAUGCCAAAAAGCUUCACACUGCGCGGGUGAACCGCAAUUCCGCAGCGCUGGCAGAAAGCUACAGCAGCAGACGAGAAGCGUUCCCGGUUGAAAUCGCCCACGAUUUCUCCCACGCCCCCACCAACAAUCCUUUACGCCGUCGUCGACAACGAAUCGACUCAUUGGAGAAUGGGUUAUCAAGACCAAGAGAAAUUGAAGCGCUAGAAGUCUUCGAGACAAAACUGCCCGAGGAUACCGACCCCACCAGUACACCCCAGGCUCGUCAAAGGAGAUGGGACGAGUGGGAUGCAGCUCGAAAGGAACUUUCACGGAUAUAUGAAUCCAGUUCUUUUGCCCAUAAUGGUCUUCCACUCAGACUUUCGCCUGAAAUUGCCCUACCAACUAUACCUUCACCAAGUCAGAGAUCAAAGACACCGGCACGAGGAACAAGGACCGGCAUUGAAUCGAGUAUUUCUAAGACCACCCUCCAGUCUAAGCCUAGUGAAGGUAUAGAUGGGCGCGCUGAAGCGGCAGUAUCAGAGCCAGUCAAUGAGACAUUGAUCAAGCAGUUGGCAUCUUGGUCACACCUGGACAGAAUCCUUGCAGAGAUGGAGUCUCCGGACAUGCCGCUCGCUCUUCGUGUCGAACAAGAAAGAAAAGCCGCCAAGGUGCUCCAAGCACUAACCUCAGCAGAGGUCGAGGAACCACAAGAGAUUCUAUCGAGAGGCAUCCGUCUACUUCAGUCUACAGCGGUUUCUCGAGAGUAUGAUGCGGUUUCUCUCAUCCUAGAAGCGGUUCGGCCUGUUUGUACAGAUGUCUGUUUGCUUGCCGUGCCGUUUCUCGACAGCCUUCUGCAGCGCCAUGAUGCGGAGGGCGUCCGACAUCUCUUGAGAAGACUUUCGGGCUUUGUACCUCGCCCCGUAGAGGGAACGAUGGUUGAAAACCGUAAUGAUUGGAUCACUCGGUUGCUAAUGCAUCAUUGGAGGAAAACAAAGAACUUUGACGAAGUUAAGGGCGUAUAUGGCAUGCUUCAAGAAGGUGGUCUCUUUUCUGAUGGGAUAUUUUCCUUGUCUACACAGUAUGCUGUCCGACGCAGGAUUGCUCUCAUCGCCCUUGAUGCUGGAGAUGAUGCGACUGCAAACGCAGAAAUGUCACAGCUCUCUGCAAUAAGACCAAAGCCUGUUGGUGUUGAUGUUAAGCUCCGUGGGAGAUUCAUCGUCCGAGAAGCCGAACUUGGUCACUGGGACAAGGUCAUGUCCGAGCUAAAAACAUUCGGACCAAAGGCGAAACAAUCUCCUCAGUUUCAAAAUGUUCUCUCCUGGCUUACAAAGAUCUAUCGCAAGAAUCAUACACCUGUUGAGAUUGACAUCUUUGUUCGAGAGCUCGUCAACAAUCACCACAUGGCCUUAAAUAGGCCCCUCGCAUUUUUCGUCCUGGAUAGACAUGGCCGAACUCGCAAUAUCCAAGCGCUGGUUGCGUGGGUGCAGUUUUGCCAGGAUGGUGGCAUGGAAAUGGACCAGAUCUUCUUCAACGAGAUCGCCGACAAAUGCUGCAAAUACUGGAGCCUGUUGAGAAUUGAUGUGGUUCGAAUGCUAAAGGACGCACAUGGCUCCAUGCCUUGGCUGCAAGAUCCCCUAUUGGCAAGCUACACGAGUAACGGCGCCCUGCAUGACCUUCACAAACGCCUGCCAGGAGAAAACACAGACACUUAUGGGAUUGCUCCGGCCCUGCCCGAAAGGCGAGGGGAUUCGAUCUCUAUCUAUGAACGGGCCGCAUUCAAGCAUAUGAAUACUCUCGCACUCCGAAGUGAUUGGAGUGGUGUUUACAGCGCCUACCAGGAGGCGACCAAGAAAGGUCUUGGCGAUUCAUCACGAUGUCUUCGACUUGCUGUUGUUGCCAAUAUUCAUAUAGAAGGCGCCCAUUCCUGCACAGUAUCGGGUCUCAUCAACGAUGCCCACAGGAGGAAACAUGAUAUCAGUGGUGCUUUGGUUCCCAUGUUGGUUGCACGACUUGAGGCUGGCGACAAUGCAGGCGACCUGCUUCAGGAGAACCUUGCCAAGGGCCAAAGCAUUCACGAUAGUGUCUAUAAUAAGGCGGUGCGGGUUCUUACACAGAAAGGCAACCCUGAAGCUGCAAUCAGGGUGUGUGAGAUGGCGGCACAACAAAAUGGCAUGGGUGAACUAGCUUACAACCAGUUCAACUUUGCCAGUCUUGUUCACUCAUAUACAGGGCAAGGUCGCUAUCGAGACCUAGCGUCACUUAUUGAGAGCUUCACGUCGAAGUUGGAAUGGUGGCAGGGCAGCAAAGAAUGCAAGGAAUCUAUCAAGUUGGCAAUGAAGCUUGUGGCCUCCAGGGCGACAAGGGACCGCAAGAAUGAGAACUCGCACAAGGAAGUUCUGCUGUGCCUUGACGACGCUCUUCAGCAUGUCAAGUCCCUACGAGCGACGAACAAACAAGAGCGGGAGACUCUGGCCAAAGAGGUUGUUGGCGCUUUCAAAAAUGCAGACGAGCCAAUAGCUUUCGAAGGGGGCUUCUUGCCAGAUGCGCAAGUUGGACGCCAGAUACCUAAAGAGAGGAGGAAUACGGACUGGGAGUCAUCUACAAGACGCGAUUCAACUCCUCAGGUCUUGAGCGAGACAAGGCAUCGUAUUGUUGAGGAUGAUUUACCGGCUCGAAAUCAGAAUAUAGACGACAUUCGAACAGGACAACAAAGGACGAAACGAGAACGAACGCCUUCACCAGAGACGAGCGACGAUGAGAUAUUUUUAGAGAAGCAAAUGGCUUGA